AUGAUUAGUAUUAUCCAUCCACCAUCUGAAUAUCUUGAAUUCAUAAAUGGACAAAAUACUUCUAAAAAAAUUUCUGGAACUGAUAGACCAAGAUUAUUAUCAUCAAGUAGUUUCAGAAGUUGUCCAUGUUUAAAUAAUAAAUGA